GUUCAAGUGAUUCUCCCAUCGUAGCCUCUGGAGUCGCUGGGACUACAGGUCAUGCCACCAUGCCAGCUAAUUUUUGUAUUUUUUGGUAGAGACGGGGUUUCUGCAUGUUGGCCAGGCUGGUAGCAAACGCCUCACCUCAAGUGAUCCACCAGACUUGGCCUCCCAAAGUAUUAGGAUUAGAGGCGUGAGCCACCAUGCCCAGCUAGGUUGUGGUUCAAAUAACUAGCAUUUAUUGAGCACUUACUAUGUUCCUGACAUUAUGCCCUGUAUUCGUCAAUCCUCACAACAAUCCCAUGAUUAUCAUCCCCGCUUACAGAUGAGGAAACUAAGACACACAGAUAUUGAAGAGCUUGUCCCAGGUUACAAUGGGGUGGAUCUGGGAUUGGAGCCCAGGCUCUGUGACUCCUGAGCUGACAGUGUGACUCUCAGCCCUGUCUUUGGGCUGCCUUUCUGCUUGUUGUAUGGGACUGAUGCCUCUUAGCUUUGGGAUUGAAAAUAAUUUGCUUCUUUGCUAACUCAGCAACUCAGGUGGAAUGGGAAUGAAAAGAAUUUGUUUCUUUGCCAACUCAGUAACUCAGGUGGGAUGGGCAGAAGGUGGAAUGUAGGUCACCAUGGCAACCGGAUCAACAAGGUGCCCCAGCUGGCGAGUCCUUGAGGCUGAGGUUCUACUGCUGGCAGACAGAAAGGUGUGGUUGGCAUGGGGCAAUGCUUGAGGUACCAGAUGCACUGGGAGGACCUGGAAGAGUAUCAGGCCCUGACCUUCCUGACCAGAAAUGAAAUUCUAUGCAUCCAUGACACCUUCCUGAAGCUCUGCCCUCCUGGGAAGUACUACAAGGAGGCGACGCUCACCAUGGACCAGGUCAGCUCCCUGCCAGCUCUGCGGGUCAACCCUUUCAGAGACCGUAUCUGCAGAGUGUUCUCCCACAAAGGCGUGUUCUCCUUUGAGGAUGUGCUGGGCAUGGCAUCUGUGUUCAGCGAGCAGGCCUGCCCAAGCCUGAAGAUCGAGUAUGCCUUUCGCAUCUAUGAUUUUAAUGAGAAUGGCUUCAUUGAUGAGGAGGAUCUGCAGAGGAUCAUCCUGCGACUGCUGAACAGUGAUGACAUGUCUGAGGACCUGCUGAUGGACCUCACGAACCACGUCCUGAGUGAGUCGGAUCUGGACAAUGACAACAUGCUGUCCUUCUCAGAGUUUGAACAUGCAAUGGCCAAGUCUCCAGAUUUCAUGAACUCCUUUCGGAUUCACUUCUGGGGAUGCUGAUGUAGCGGCAAAUACCUGAUGUGGCAGCCUCGAGGGAGACCACAGGAAUCGAACCCCCUCCAGCACUGGAGGGAGCUGGUUUGAAGUAUGACUUUGUACUGGGCCCACCCUCACCUCUAGAAUAUUGUUUAUUGGAUAAAAGAAAAGAAAAAGCUUUUCCUUAGCCUAUC